AUGACCCCAUCGCAAAUGACGCUAAGUGGUGAGAAAAUUGAUCUUCUACAACUGUUUUUUAUUUCUCUCAUUUUUUUUUCUUUUUAUUCAUGGCUGUUGUUUAUUUUCUUCAUUUUAUAUCGUCCUUCAUUCUCUCUUUCUUUCUCAUUCGUGAAUUUCUUCAUUCAUUCUUUUUUCUUUUAUUUCUUUAUUUUACAUUUAUUCUUUUUUUACCUUCGCUUUCUUUCUUUCUUUCUUUCUUUUUUUCUUUCUAUCUUUCAUUCUUUCUUUCUUUCUUUCUCAUUCAUUAGUUUUUCAUUCGUUCCUUUUUUAUUUAUUUGUUUAUUUCUUUCUCCUUCUCUCAUUCUUUCUUUCAUUCUUAUUUUCUCGUUCAUGCCUUCUUCCAUUUUUUUUCUUCUUUCUUUCUUUCUUUUAUCUGCUAAAUUUACUUUCUGGCUUUCAUUCUUUAUUCUUUCUUUCUUUCUCCUUCAUACAUUAUUUCAUUCAUUAUUUCUCUUCUUUAAUUUCUUUCUUUCUCGUUUUUUACCUUCGCUUUCUUUCACUGUCUAUUUCAUUCUCAUUCCUGCAUCCCUUCAUUCAUUCCUUCUUUGUCUUUCUUUCAUUCUUUCUUUUGUUUUUUUUCUCAUUCAUGAAUUCUUUUAUUCCUUAAUUCUUUUGUUUGUUUUACAUUCAUUUUUUCUCAUUCAUAAAUCUCUUCAUUUAUUCCUUCUUUCUAUCUUCUUUCUUUCUUUCUUUCUUUCUUUCUUUAUUUUCUUCUUCUUUGUUUGGCUACUAAUUUUACUUUCUGGCUUGUUACCAUUUAUUGCCUUUUUCAUUCCUUAA